AUAUGUUGAAUGAAGUAGGAGUUAUAUGAAGAGAAUGGUAUAUAAGAACUGAGAUGUAUACAACAAGCCAAUACAUAGCUAAUCAUGGUAGACAGAGUAGCUGGUUCCAACUAGAAAGGAUGUGAUAUAACAAAUUCAUGUGACGAGGGUACAAUCCUAAACUCGUCCCAAAUUGCAGUUUCCCAGUCGGCCAUUGUCACCCAGUAGCUCUGCAGCUGCUCUCGAGUCGCAACGAGGCAGCAAGCAGUGGGCUGAGGAGUUGUGUGUCGAAGAAAAAGGUGACACGCUAAUCGACAUCUCUCUGUCGUUCGAGUUUUGAAGACAUCGAGAAGGUUGCGGAAGAAGAGAGUCAGAUUGAUUGCCUUGCAGAGUAGCAGAUCGACUUGUUUCGGACGACUCGGAGGAUUUGGAGACUGCCGGCUGAUAUGCGGCGGUUUGGUAGCGUCAUUCGCCGGGGAGGUUGCGGUGCAAAGAACCUCGUCGACUCGGAAGCUCGCGUCGCGAGGUCUGCAAUCGGUGGCCCCUCGGGAAGGAGUCUCUCGGUGGGCGUUGAUCGCAGCAAUCAAAACGAGGGAACAUCAUCCGAGCACUCCGCAUCAUCUUCGUCUGAUAGGCGAUGGGAGGAAGAAGCAAGCAGAUUCUGGCAGGGAGCUAGGGUUCCGCUGAAUCCAUGGCAGCAGGCCGCUGUUGCUGUAGGAUCGGCUGUGGGAGCUGCGUUGAAUCCUGCCAGAGCAGAUCUUGUAGCGGCACUCGGUGAAACAACAGGCGGGCCAGCGUUUCAAAGGGUUUUGAAGAAAAUGAGAUCCAGUCCAGAAGGCCAGCGGGUGUUGGCCGACCGUCCAAGAGUGACUUCAGCAGCCAUGGGGCCUGCAUGGGACAUGCCUCCCAACACAUUUGGUGCAGCUUAUGCGAAAUUCAUGGGCGAUCGAAACUUCUCGCCGGAUGACAGGCCUCCAGUUCGCUUCAUAGACACAGAAGAGCUGGCGUAUGUUGCAACAAGAGCACGAGAGGUGCAUGACUUCUGGCACGUACUCUUCGACCUUCCGACGAGUGUGAUGGGCGAGCUGGCUCUCAAAAUGGUGGAGUUCUAUCAGACAGGGCUGCCCAUGUGUUUCCUGUCAGUGGCAGGCGCUUCCUGGAGACUCAAUCCCAAACAGCGAAACCAUCUUUUCACUCAUUACGCACCUUGGGCACUCAAAGCUGGAACGUCUUGUUCCGAUCUUAUGUGUAUUUAUUACGAGGAACACCUGAAUGAAGACUUGGAAGCAGUUCGAAAGCGCUGGGGUAUUGUGCCGGCCCCUCUCUUACCCAAAAAGAUAAACCGAGGAACUGCUUAUACAUUUGACAAAGUAUGAAUGUAAGGAAACAUGGAACCCAUCGCCUGUUGAGACAGUUCAAUGAAUGUGCACUCUUACUUUUCAGAUGGAUGUAUAUUUUUCUUUACCGUUGCAAUUCUAGUGCUAGGGGAUUGGGGCGCGGCGCGAAGAGAGAUGCUGGUAUGGUCAAAUGUAUAGAUUUAGUUUCUGGGUGAUACAUGAUACAAUUGCCUCGACCCUUGAAUGGACAAUUAAUUUGGUUAACUAAUUGAUCUUGUUAAUAUCUUUUAGCAUUCAGAAACCGCUUCAGUUCUCUGUACAGGGUUGCAUGAUCAAUUCGCAACGAAGUCAUGUUUGCUGCCUAUUUGUGCGUAGACCUUUUGUGCUCCUCUCUGGAAGAUUUUAAUCUUUGUGGACUCGCAAUCAAUGUACUGUAUACAUUGUCCAACAUGCAUUGUAAAAUGUAAUAUCCUUCAAAGAAGCUCAAGAUCUGUGCCUCCAUUCGUGUACUG